AUGGCUGGUAAAAGUACUGUUUCAGUAAAGACCAGUCCUCGUUCUUUAGGGAAAAAUCGCUCUAAUUUCAUUCCUACCAAUACUCUGAAUACCUGUAAUGAGAUACAGUUGCAAACAAAAAUGGGAUCAUCUUCUCUGUAUACCCAUGGUAACGCACUGCAAAGUCCAGGAGAGACAUCUCUUCAUAGAUCUCCAUCACCAGUUCCUUAUAUCCGGAACUGCAUGCAUUCAGCCCAUCGAGGAUCUGACCAUCCAGAAAGUAGUUUGAUCAUUUGUAAACAAAGGUCACCUGACACCUUUAGUCGACGUUCAGAACUUUCUACAAUGAACGACUCACAGAACCCAAAAAUGUGGAUUCAGACCAACAAAUUUAACACUCGACAUAGUCGUUCAUAUUCCUUCCGAACUAUGCGGCGACCUUCUCCCCAACAAUUAGCAGAGGAGGAGCAGUUCCGGCCACGGGGAGCCACGAUGCCUUCGGACAGCCGAAGUUAUCUCCGAGAGAAAAGACGACAGCGGUUACGGGAACGGAGUGCUAGUCCUAGUUGGUCACCCCUGGAUCAUGUGGAUGACGUGGAUGAAGAUUUUUACAGGCUUCGUAACUUCAGCACGACUUCUAAAGGUGGAGUCAUCAACCGAGGCGAUCAGUUUCGCCAGCGGUCCCGGAGCAGUAAUAGCAUGGCCUCCAGUUACACCUACCCGUCGUGUAUCUCCACAGAUACAUCCUGUUUGUUCGGCCAGGAAGAUCGCUGCACCCAUCUUAAGGUUCUAGUGCUGGGAGCCGUUGGAGUUGGAAAGAGCUCCAUUGUCACACAGUUCAUGUCAUCCGAGUAUAUGAACACGUACGAUGUAUCUCAAGACGACGAACUUGAAAAAACAAUCUUCCUUCUUCUGGAUGGAGAAGAGUACGAGUUGACAUUGUUUGAUUACCACACCCUCGCCACACUCACGGAUCCUGAAGAGGACUCUAUGGGCUCUGCCGAUGCUUAUGUUGUAGUUUACUCCAUGACUGACAGAGGUACGUUUGAAAUAGCUAUGGAUAUUCUAUUUGUAUUAAGGGAAAGAGGCUAUACAGCAACGAGAGCUGUGAUCCUGGUUGGAAACAAGUCAGACCUCGUACGUUCGAGAACCGUGUCGACAAACGAGGCUAAAACGAUAGCCAUAUCGUACGAGUGUAACUUCAUGGAGACGUCAGCAGCUAUCAACCAUAAGACCGAUGACUUACUGGUACGUAUUGUUAGUCAAGUCCGUCUUAAAAUCCAACAACUGAAGGAUCUUAGUCGUUUCUCGCCACCUGGUAGAAGGCGGAAGUCUCGAAGCAAAAGUUCCUUGUACGGAAUCGGGCGACGAGCAAAGGAUCUGCUAAACAAACUGUUGGGAAAAGGAAACUACAAGUCGAAGUCAUGUGAUAACCUCCAUAUCAUAUAACUCACUUUCCAUAUAUCAGUGUCAAGCUGUAUGGGUUGUGUCUUGUUAAUUUAUAGCUAUCAGUGUCAAGCUGUAUGGGUUGUGUCUUGUUAAUUUAUAGCUAUCAGUGUCAAGCUGUAUGGGUUGUGUCUUGUUAAUUUAUAGUAUCAGUGUCAAGCUGUAUGGUUUGUGUCUUGUUAAUUUAUAGCUAUCAGUGUCAAGCUGUAUGGGUUGAGUCUUGUUAAUUUAUAACUAUCAGUGUCAAGCUGUAUGGGUUGUGUCUUGUUAAUUUAUAGCUAUCAGUGUCAAGCUUUAUGAGUUGUGUCUUAUUAAUUUAUAACUAUCAGUGUCAAGCUGUAUGGGUUGAGUCUUGUUAAUUUAUAACUAUCAGUGUCAAGCUGCAUGGGUUGUGUCUUGUUAAUCGUGAGACAUCACUUUUGCACAAUGUACUACACCCUAAAAUUUUAUUGAAAUUUAAUAAAAUAUAUAUUAUUUAUUCUUUUUAUUUAAUAGAAGAAUGAACCUCAACAUUUAGAUAGCAUAUGUCUUCCAUUCCUUUAGUUAAAAGUAAAAUUUUCAAAAAUGUUGUUUUUCGUAGUUCCACGGUUAGAUGUACAGGGGUGUUUAAAUGAGUUAUUCAACUUUUUAAAGCCUGUUUACCUGUAUCUUUUACAGAUAUCACAACAUUGUUUUUAAUUAUUGAGCUGAAUUAUUCUUGUUUACCAUCCGAUCUAACAACAUUCAAUCAUUGUUUUAUUAUAUCAGAAGUUGAGAAUUUACUGAUAUGUUUAAUGUACUCUUGGGGCUCGGGAGGGGAGAAUUUUCAUAGAUUUUCGUGUGCUCUAAUAAAAAUUUCAAGCCAUUUUGACAUAAUUUUUAGUUCACCUUAUCUUUUUCCACUUGUUUUAGUCAGUAAGUAUCCGGCAAGAACCUUAAAUUUCCGUCUUAUUUUCCUAAUAAUUAUACGUUAAGAGUCCGAGCGACUCGUAAGAGUUCCUUUUCUUUAACAAUGCUGCUCUUCUCGUGCUCGCCUCAAACGAGGAAGAUUUAGUGUUGUUGUAGCGUUUGUUCACGUUGGAUGUAAACCGAUUUAGUCUUUAUGUAUCGUUUGUUUACGUUAAGUGUAAACGGCUUUAGUAUUUUUGUAGCGUUUGUUCACGUUGGAUGUAAACCGAUUUAGUCUUUAUGUAUCGUUUGUUUACGUUAAGUGUAAACGGCUUAAGUAUUUUUGUAGCGUUUGUUCACGUUGGAUGUAAACCGAUUUAGUCUUUAUGUAUCGUUUGUUUACGUUAAGUGUAAACGGCUUUAGUAUUUUUGUAGCGUUUGUUCACGUUGGAUAUAAACCAAUUUAGUCUUUAUGUAGCGUUUGUUCACGUUAAGUGUGAACGGCUUUAGUCGUUUUAUAGCGUCUGUUCACGUCAAGUGUAAACGGAUUCAGAGUGUAGCAUUGGUUCCACUAUGUACAUUUUAAAGUAUGUUUUUAAGCUUUUGGUGAUAUCUAAGUAAGCUUUAUAUAUAUAUAUAUAUAUAAGAACCAUUUUUUAAAGCAUAAAGAAAGACUGUGUGUCAAAUCAAUUGAAAAUAUUUUAACAACUAACCUCUAUCUGU